AGGAGAGACUUCAGAGACCUCCUGACGGUCUUGUUGUACGAUGAUGACAGCAGUUCAGACUCAAGUGAUGAAGAAGACCUCGAUUUGUUGUUUCUUGACGCGGCGUUUGGAGAGACUCGAACCCUUGACAAGAGACCAAAUAUUGCCGAUCUGAGUGAGAUCCAGUGUGAGGAAAUGUUUAGGUAUAAUAUAUAGUCACGCUUGUAGAUGUUCUUUGUUACGAGAAAUAAUUCAACGUUAAUGGACAAUAGCUAGUCAUUUAGACAUGCUGUAAACUUUACUUUGUGGUAUUGUAAAUAUGGGAAAUAAAUUUACGAAGUGUAUGUUUAGAUGUCCGGAGACCUGAUGGGAUGUUCAAAAUAGUCUGACACCGGCUCUGUCAAAACACUCUUUUAAAACAGUUACGAUUAAGCACUGAUCUAUGUAAGCAGUCCCCCGUAGUUUGUAGUAUCUAGGGUUUAACUACUGAAGCUUUUGAUUAAUCUUGUUGACUAAAAAUGUGGACAGGUUUCUGACUGCCAGUCACCGAGUAUCUUGAAAAUUCUGUCCUAGUGUGGAAAAUCUAGGUACAGCAAUAAUUUUCUUUUGUAUGUCUUGAACUUGCCACCUGCUUAUUUGUUGCCUUUUUCUUAUUUGUAAUUAUAUUUAAUUUUCAGAUUUGGAAAAGAUGACAUUUUACACCUUUGCGAGGCUCUAGAACUACCCGAGUUCUACACUGGUCAUCAGGGCUCUGUCUUUACUGGGAUUGAGGCCUUGAUGGUUAUGCUACGAAGACUCGCAUAUCCUAAUAGAUUGUGUGAUCUGGUUGACAUCUUUGGCAGGGCUGAGCCUGAACUUAGCAUUGUUUUUAACAUGGUAACUCUUAGGCAUGUAAAUUGUCAUGUAUUUAUGUCCCACAAGCUUAUAUCUUUUACCCUUAUUGUGUAUAAAGGUUGUAUACAUGCAUGUAUGUAUUUUUACAAGAAUACCGCAUAAAUUAUUAACUUUGACAGUGUUCCUUAUUCAAAAUAUAACUCUGUUGUAGAUUGUAGAUGACAUCUACACCCGCUUUAAUCAUCUACUGAGUUCCUUGGACCUAACGUGGCUAGAUCCAGCACAUUUUGCUCAAGUCAUACAUCAGAAAGGAGCUCCACUGGACCAGUGCUGGGGGUUUAUAGAUGGGACUGCCCAACAGAUUGCUCGACCUUUGCGUAAUCAGCAGAUCAUGUUCAGUGGGCAUAAAAGAAUCCACUGCAUAAAAUUCCAGGUGUGGCAUUGCAUUGUUCACUGAGAAUAAAGAUGACUUUUUAGCCAGUUGGACACACUGUAUGGUUAGCUCCCCAAAUGUGUUGGAAAACAACAUGUCAAUUUCGAUUUCCAAUCUGUUUCUGUAUUCCUAAUAGGGACAAUAAAUUGUUGUCAUUUUCACUUACUAGUUCAACAGAGCUGAGGAUAGCAGCACUUAAUUCUUAAAUUGAUAGCCUUAUUUUGUUGAUCCCCUUAGGGUGAUACAAAAUGCAUGUUUCUUUUGGUACAUGUUGUGGUUCAAUUUUAUCGUUGGUUCAAUUUUUAUUUUCUUUUGUUUCAAACUCAUUAUCAUAUCAUUAUCAUACAUUACAACGCCAAAAAACAAAGGAAAAUAAAAAUUGAACCAAAUAAAAAUGUUACAGCGGUUUUCAGAAACAUGCGAACUCUGCUCAAGUCAACGGUUUCUAGAAGUACGUUUUUCGCUGCUGUCAAUCAUAAUUAUGGCGACAGUUAAUGGACCUCGAAAAACAGAAGCAAACAGAAUGGAUCGAAAUCCACCAAUCACAAGUAGGAAAUGUGACCUUUUGACCCUGAACAAGUGAACUGCUGUUUCCUGAGAGGUCUGCUAAGAUGAUUGACAGCAGCUAAAAACAAACUUCGCGGUAACUGUUUACUUGUGCAGAGUUCGUGUGUUUCUGAAAAGCGCAAUAAAUUAGUUAUCUGGUAAUGUGUUUUGCUUUUGUGAAAUUUCAAAGUAUAUGGCUGGAGAGCACUCUAGUUUAGACUGUUCACAGUCCCCAUAUUUUUCCGUGGGAUUCUCGAGAAUCCCAAGGAAAAAUAGGGGGACUGUGAACAGUCUAACUCUAGUUAUAAAAACCUUAUUUCCAUUCUCUGUUUUUAUUUUUUAUUCUAGUCAGUAAUGGCUCCUAAUGGGUUGAUUGCCCACCUGUAUGGACCACUAGAGGGAAAGCGACACGAUGCCUUUAUGUUAGGUGUUAGUGGCCUACUACCACAGCUUGAAAGAAUAACUAAACCUGAUGGUGAACCAUAUGUGGUCUAUGGAGACCCAGCAUAUGGAAUAUCACGCCAUAUCAUAGCUCCAUUUCGAGGUGCACAUCUGACUCCACUCCAGCAACAAUUCAACAGCGACAUGAGUAAAGUUCGUGCAAGUGUAGAAUGGGGAUUUGGUAAAAUUUCCCAAUAUUUUGCAUACUUGGAUUUUCACAAAAAUCUGAAAGUCCUUCUACAGCCUGUGGGAAAGUAUUAUGCAGNUCAAUUUUAUCGUUGGUUCAAUUUUUAUUUUCUUUUGUUUCAAACUCAUUAUCAUAUCAUUAUCAUACAUUACAACGCCAAAAAACAAAGGAAAAUAAAAAUUGAACCAAAUAAAAAUGUUACAGCGGUUUUCAGAAACAUGCGAACUCUGCUCAAGUCAACGGUUUCUAGAAGUACGUUUUUCGCUGCUGUCAAUCAUAAUUAUGGCGACAGUUAAUGGACCUCGAAAAACAGAAGCAAACAGAAUGGAUCGAAAUCCACCAAUCACAAGUAGGAAAUGUGACCUUUUGACCCUGAACAAGUGAACUGCUGUUUCCUGAGAGGUCUGCUAAGAUGAUUGACAGCAGCUAAAAACAAACUUCGCGGUAACUGUUUACUUGUGCAGAGUUCGUGUGUUUCUGAAAAGCGCAAUAAAUUAGUUAUCUGGUAAUGUGUUUUGCUUUUGUGAAAUUUCAAAGUAUAUGGCUGGAGAGCACUCUAGUUUAGACUGUUCACAGUCCCCAUAUUUUUCCGUGGGAUUCUCGAGAAUCCCAAGGAAAAAUAGGGGGACUGUGAACAGUCUAACUCUAGUUAUAAAAACCUUAUUUCCAUUCUCUGUUUUUAUUUUUUAUUCUAGUCAGUAAUGGCUCCUAAUGGGUUGAUUGCCCACCUGUAUGGACCACUAGAGGGAAAGCGACACGAUGCCUUUAUGUUAGGUGUUAGUGGCCUACUACCACAGCUUGAAAGAAUAACUAAACCUGAUGGUGAACCAUAUGUGGUCUAUGGAGACCCAGCAUAUGGAAUAUCACGCCAUAUCAUAGCUCCAUUUCGAGGUGCACAUCUGACUCCACUCCAGCAACAAUUCAACAGCGACAUGAGUAAAGUUCGUGCAAGUGUAGAAUGGGGAUUUGGUAAAAUUUCCCAAUAUUUUGCAUACUUGGAUUUUCACAAAAAUCUGAAAGUCCUUCUACAGCCUGUGGGAAAGUAUUAUGCAGUUGGAGCACUUUUGGCGAACUGCCACACAUGCCUCUAUGGUUCUGUGACAAGUUCUUUUUUUGAGUUGGAGCCUCCAUCCCUUGAAGUAUACCUAUCCAACAACUAG